AGGAGAUUUCCUUGUAUUUCAGGAAUUCCAUUCAAUCAUUUUCCGGAUUUUAUUUUUGUUCCAGAGGCAGGUGUGGGCUGCUGCGCGGCCACAGAGGUGUUGUAGAGAACAGUCCCAGAGUUGUCACAUUCCUCACAGCCGGGAGCUAGCUAUUUUUUAGUAAACGAUGCGGGCAUCGCUUAGCACCUUUCAUUCAUUUUGGCUAACGCUAGCUUUGUAGUGGCGGCUCCACAUCCUAAUGUUAAGUAACUUGCCACCGCUGCAUUUGCGUGACUGACCCAGCUACAGUGUGACUCAGAUUUUCUGUUGAAUUGAAAGAAAACGGUAUUGUGUGUCGAACAGUAAGCGACAAUAACGUCAGCUGGUCUGAGAAAGGUCACUUUUACUAUCUAUUAUGGAUUAUGAACAUAAAGCGAAGGCAGUGGGGGAUUGUCUGAUGGGCUACAAGACGGAUGAGUCCGGGUGGAAAGUCUGCAAAAAAUCGAAUGACGUGGUUGUGUCUUGGCGUCCCUCGUCUGAGUUCCCUGGGAAUGUUUACAAGGGGGGGGGGGUUAUCAGUGGCAGUCCGGAGAAAGUGUGGGAGUGUCUGAAGCCCGUACCCAAUGGCAUCAGAGUCAAAUGGGACAACAAUGUCAAAAGGUUUGAGCUUGUGGAACAAAUCACAGAGCACAUCUCUAUCUGCCGGACGGUCACGCCCUCAGCAGCAAUGGGCAUCAUCGCUCCACGAGACUUUGUCGAUGUUAUUUUAAUCAAGCAAUACGAAGACGGCACCAUCUCAUCGAAUGCCACUAAUGUGAGCCACCCGAGCUGCCCCCCCCAGUCUGGCUAUGUGAGAGGAUUCAACCAUCCAUGUGGCUGCAUCUGUGUUCCCAUCUCAGGAGAGCCCAACAAAACCCAGGUGUUCAGCUUCUUCCAGACCGACCUGGGGGGCUUCCUCCCCCGCUCCGUGGUCGACUCGUUCUUCCCCUCCAGCAUGGCCGAGUUCUACAGCAACCUGGCCAAGGCCGUCAAGUCCCUGAAGGACCUUUGACCCCGAGAGAUGAGAGAUCUCCGUCACCCCGUCGGCCAGCUGCCGGUCAGACCCACGGUCCCUUGGUUUUAAACAGUCCAAACUCUAAAGCAAUCAGCACACUGAGAUUAAUAAUCGCUAAAUUGAUCCACGAUUUAUGUUUAAUGUACAUUCCUUGAUUCCUGUGUCACUGCAGGAGUAAAUCAACAGUCAGCCCCUCUUGUUGAAAGCAGUUUAGACAUAAAAAAAAUCCCAUACAACGAGGGCUUCCAGCUCUUAUGUGGAAAGAUUUCCUCCACUCUAAUCAACGAAAUAGAUAUCUAUAUUUCCACAUGUGCUAAAAGUCCAGAACAUCUUUACUUUAUACGGUGAGACACUAGACAUUUCCUCUUGAUAUAAUGAUCAUACUUGAGUGUGUACAGUAAACAUGCAUGUUGCAUGGAACUUUUUUACCCUAUGCUGGUAUCAGGUUGUUUGUUUGGAGUAUUGACUCAUACCUCAUGUUUAGUUGUUUGUGUUGUACUUGAACUGCCAUUUGCCCAUCUCCAGCUCACCUGUACACCCUGAAUAUGUAGAUGAAGUCAUAUCUGCCUCUUAAAACACUGAAGCACAGGCGGGAUGGCAAAGGUGGCCUUUAACACGAAGGCAGCUUUGAUUUCUGUCUGAAACAACGCCUUCUACAUAUGAUGUGUUCUGCAGAAAUGUGUCUUCCUUUUUUUUUCAAGAACAUUUCCCCUUUCUUUUCUUCAUGUCUAAUCAAACUCUUCAUGAAGUUCAGAUCCAUAGCAGCUGCCUGCAGUUUGUUAGGAAACAUUUGAAGCAGCUGUCUGACUGGCUGGGUGCUCACAAAGACAACACAAAUCCUUACAGCUGCAACAAGAUGAACACUGGUGAAAUGAGUUCACUCGUGGUGUUAGUUACUGCACUAAUGUUCAAGACAUUCGGCAGCUUGUACUGUAAAAGUAAGUACUGCAAAGACACGGUUUAGGAUCUCUAACUGUUCCAAUGUGUAAUUAGAGCAAUACAAGGAGUCAAGACUGUUUUACUGGAGAUAGUGGAGACACUGUUUGAGUAUAAAAUAUGCAAAAAUGCACCACAAGAUGUCUCUGUGUAAUGUGUCUUAAAAAAAACAGGACAGAGUACAUUAGAACUCUUGGAAAACAACGAUCUUUUAAGUUAUGUUUAAAGAUUGUUGGGGUGUGUCUGACCUAUCGUAAAGUAGUGUGAAGUGUAUUUAUUACUGUGAGUGACUCCUUAGCAAACAUGUGUACAGAACAUGAAGUAAGCAAACAUUAACAUGCUUUGCUACUCGUCUUAUCUACAGAGGCUACAGUGGGACACCUCGUCCUUAUUCAUAUCUCAUCAGGAGCUCCAGGCUCCUUAACUGUGAUGUUACCUCAUCCAGCCACACUGACUCAACAGGAAGUGGAAAUCUUCCAUAAUCUUCCUUUAUGUUGCAUUGUACAUUCAGGAUGUGUUUGUAAUAGUGCGUUUGGUGACUGAAUCUGAAUACUUUCUCCACCGCUGAUUUGGUAAUGAUCAGAUAGGAAAGCCAGAAUCAUUCCAACUUCUUCUCUUCAAACACCAAUCUGAGAUAGGCUCUUUCCAAACAGAAGCAGACACAAUGCAGAAGAACGCAAAGCUUUGAAAAGGCACAGGACAUUAAAACUCUAAAAGAUGCUCAUCCUAUAAACAUGUUUAAUAUGAAGUUCCAGAGUGAAGGCUGGUUGCAUGAUGGUGUGUAGUUGAGUCCAGCUCCCCCCCCCCCCCCCCUACUGUCUACAACACGCUCAAUGGGGGAAAGAAAUGGGAAAUGUACUUGUGGAAUAUGAAGAAGUGGGAUUGUAUAUAAUCAUAGUAUUUUCACUUCUCUCAUUCUUAUUUAAGACUUUAGGACACAUGUCAUUCCUGGGCAGAGGCCCGUCUAUAUUCCUCUCACGAUGUCAUGCUCUGUAAGACUCACCUUCAGGUAGACCCUCACCGUUCUGUACAUGCACACUUUAUAACUUAAUGUAAAAGCUGUCAUUUCAUUUUGUUUACUUGAUAAUGAUUUACGAUGUAAGAUAUUCCAAUUGAUCAGGUACAUUUGUACUGUACCUCAUUCCUCAUGGGCUUACCCUUCCCUUCAUUCCCUCUGUGUUAAGGCUCAAUGAAAACUUCUGGAUGUGAUCUGUGUGGUGAAGGGGGGGGAGGGUCCACUUUCUCUACAGCCUGGGUGUGUAUAAGCCAUAUCGUUUGGCACGUUGUAACUAGUCUUUUAAUAUUCCUUUCAAAGUGUUUGACCAUGUUAUCUGUAACAUCUUCUGACCUCACAGCGUAACCAAUAUUCUUUAUUACAUUGCACCUGUUCCAAGUCCUCUGUGCUUACGGGUGGGUGGAAGGCAUUUGCUGUUUUAACUGGAUCCAGCAAGGUUUUAUUUAUUUGUUGUCAUAUGAUCUCAAUGUACGUACAGGUAGCUGCUGCAGUAGAAUUAACCCAGCAUUCCAUGAGGAAGUUAAGCAGAGGAGCACUUCAUGCUGGCGUUUAGCGCAAAUCAACCCAGAACCAUCCUCUGACUUCCUGACCCGUCUCUAGGACUGACAUGUGAUCUGUAUCUGAUCUGAGGCCUCUGCUGUUAGACCCACUUUUAUUACACCGACUAUUAAUAAGUGUUCUCUUUCUCUCUUCUUGGAGCUGCACUCCUAACAGGAUGAAUUGGCGGACUUCUCAACAAAAAUGAUUCAAUAAUGCUCAGGUUAAAUGGGCUAUGAUCAAUAUGUAUUACAAUAUGCACUGAAAAAACUGAAAUGUUGACUUUAAUUAAAUAUGUUGUGUCAAUAGAUUUUACAUAACUGUAUUAGGUUAGUUGGAGGCAAUAUUAAGUUGAAAUAAAUACUAUUGGGUUCAACUUAAUACUAUUGCUUUCAACUAAUCUAAUACAGUUAUGUGAGAUUAGUUAACACAAGUCAAUGUGUGAGUUUCUUCAGUGUGGAAGGGCGAUAAUGUGAUGCAGCUUUGCAGCUCGCUGCAGCUCCACAGAGCUUUGUGGUCGAUGUGACGUUGCCCAACACUCUAGGGGCAAAGGGGAGUAACAAAAGUUUAAAUAACCAGGGGGGAAAAAGACUUGUCGAACCCAAAGAUGUUGUUUAAUAACCUCAAAAGCAAAAGGCGCCCACUAGCUAACUCAUAAACAAACUGAAGACAACUUUCUAUAAAAGAAAGUGACAAAAGUAAACAAUACAAAAAGGUAGAAUGGAGCACAUCUCGCCAUACUUACUCUGACCAUAAACAACACAUCAAGUCCAAAAGACUUCUGUUUGAAAACCAGAUACAGACGGCCUGUUGAUACCAGAUGGAGAUAGUGUCUCUGUUUGGACUGCCACCAAAAAGAACCAGCAGCUUUUUCACGACUAAACAUAUUUUCAGCCAACUGACUCCUCUGGCAACAACUUUCUAUCGUAGGGAAAUGCGUGAAAAUCUCAUCAUUUCCAUUAUUUGAUUUCUCUGUAAAAAUAAACGUGCUGGAGAUGGUGAGCUCCUGCAGGCAGCAGCAGGUUUAUCUGACCUCUGUGAACUUUGACCAAUCUCACUGUUUCCAGGGAGACACGCCGUUCAAAGAGCAUGUAAACAGGCAGAAGCGUUUCCAGUUGAACCCUUUAAAUAUCCCAUUGUGGCUGUGAUGACCAAUGAGACCAGAUUCCCAAAGUAAAUGUGUUCUGUGAUGAGAUUCAGAGACCAACCCAGAGUUCCCUGUGUGGCAGAGCAGAGUAGAUGUUAAAUGAUUCAUGUCAGGUGGUUUUCAUUGACUCAUCUUACCAUGUUUAAACGUCUAUCAGAUCACAUGAACCUGUUAUCUCGUACUCUUCUGCACCCAGUGACUUCUGUAUUUCACCAGCAUUAAAAUGAUUAAUAAGAA